AUGGGAAACCAAAAUAAGAAAGAUUACAGUUUGGUUGACUUGAUUAAUAACGAUCCUAGUUAUAAGGGAUUAAAGAAAAAUUUGGAUGGUUUUAAAAAAGGUUCAGAUGAAUAUUAUCUUCAAUUAUUUGACGAAUUGCCGUUAUCUAGUUGGCCAGAUUACAAGACAUUUCUUAAGAACCAAGCAAUCCAAAUCAAUGAUCCAUUAGACAUCAUGGAUGAAAACACAAAUGAAUAUAGUAAAACUUUUAGAAGUUCAUUAUCAAAAGAUAAUUUAAUCAGUUGUUUUGAUACAAAAGGAAUGGCUACCAUUUACGACCAUUUUCAGUUCAUAGUGAGGAAUUUCCCGGAUAAUGAUUGUUUAGGCGUAAGACCCACUAAUCCAGAAACGGGAGAACUAGAGGAAUUUUAUUCGUAUCAAACUUAUAAGAAAGUUAAUCAACGUGCUCAAGACUUAGCUAGCGGUAUUAUGACUAUUGUAAAUUCGAAAAGAAAGAAAAAAUUGUCAAAGAACGAUUUUAUUGUGUCAAUUUUAUCUUAUAACAGACCGGAAUGGGCUUUAUUAGAUAUUGCAUGUCAAUUUUAUUCACUGCCAAAUACUUCAUUGUAUGAAACAUUGGGCCCAGAAACUUCAGAAUAUAUUCUUAAUCUAACAGAGACACCAAUCUUGUUUUUUGCAAAGAGUAAUCUCUACAAAAUUAUUGAUAUGUUACCAGAUCUCAAAUAUUUGAAUACUUUGGUUUGUAUGGAUGAACUUCCCGCAGAAGAGUUAAACAUAUUGAAUUCUUCUAUUUUGGGAAAAUUUACUAAUAUUAAUAACGAAUCGAUAACAUUGUUCAAUUUUAGUGAUGUUGAAAAUUUAGGUAAAAUUAGUAUCGUCCCAAUUUCUCCUCCAACUCUAGAUGAUUUAUAUACUAUUUCGUUUACUUCAGGUACUACCGGUGUCCCAAAAGGAGUAGAGAUGCUUCACAGGAAUAUUUCUUCAGGAAUUGCAUUUGCUUUUUCUAUAUUUAAAACACCAGAACAUAAAAAGGGACUACAGUUGCACGAUAUAUGUUUUCUACCACUUGCACAUAUCUUUCAAAGAAUGAUAUUAGCCUAUGAUUUAUCUCGUGGUGUAGGAAUUGGAUUUUUACAUAAGCCAGAUCCUUUGGUACUAGUUGAGGAUCUUCAGGUUUUAAAACCAGAUUUUGCGUCAUUUGUUCCAAGAAUCUUAACUAAAUUUGAGACAGGAAUAAAGAAUGCUCUAGAAAAAUCAGGUUUUCAGAAAAAUGUUGCUUCUAACAUUAUUAGUAAUAAAAAAACUAGAGUUACAGCUAGAGGCGGGCAUGAUAGAUCUGUUGUUAAUUAUUUGGUCUACCAUAGGAUAUUAAUAGAUAAAAUUAGAAAAUCACUGGGUUUGUCAAAUAUCUCCUAUGUCGUCACAGGAUCAGCUCCGAUCUCUAAAAGCACUUUGUUGUUUUUGAAAAGUUCGUUAGAUAUUGGUAUAAGACAAGGUUAUGGCUUAACUGAAUCUUUUGCAGGAAUUAGUUUAUCAGAACCAUUUGAGAGAGAUUUUGGGUCAUGUGGUGCUAUAGGUAUAAGUUCCGAAUGUAGACUGAAAUCUGUACCAUCAAUGGGUUACAAUGCUAAAAAGGACCUGAAAGGCGAAUUACAGUUACGUGGGCCCCAAAUAUUUACUAAAUAUUUUAAAAAACCAAUUGAAACUUCAGAAGUUUUAGAUAAAGAUGGUUGGUUUUCGACCGGUGAUAUUGCUUAUAUUGAUGAAAAGGGAAGACUCUACGUCAUUGAUCGUGUAAAGAAUUUCUUUAAGUUGUCCCAAGGUGAAUAUGUUGCACCAGAAAAAAUUGAGAACAUAUAUCUUUCAUCUUGUCCAUUAAUCACUCAGAUAUUUGUGUACGGUGACUCUUUGCAUUCAUAUCUUACUGGUAUAAUUGGUAUAGAUGUGGAAGCAGUUAAUAAAUUAAUGAAGGAGGAGUUUCCGGAGAUGUCGACAUGGAAUGAUGAAACUCUAAUUUUGAACUUAAAUACAAACAGCAGUAUGAGAAAGAAGUUAUUGGUACUAAUAAAUUCCUACUUGAAGACACUCCAAGGUUUCGAAAAAUUGCAUAAUAUUAAGGUAGGAAUUGAACCGUUGCAAAUAGCAGACGAUGUCAUAACCCCAACGUUGAAGAUUAAAAGAGCUAAAGCUAGUGUUGUCUUUAAAGAAUCCUUAACAGAUUUGUAUAAUGAGGGAUCAUUGAUUAAGAAUGGAAAUUUGUAA